AUGACAAACAUCUCUUCAAUACAAUCGCUCGCUCUUGAUCUUCCGCCAAGUUGCAUCGCAUUCUGUCCUCAACAGCCCACCUACUUCGUCAUAGGAACAUACUAUCUACAUGCGAAAGCUGCAUCGAGCGUUCAUGAAGCCAAUAGUCUCCCCAACGACAAUGGCGAGGGUGAUUCGCAGAAGCGUAGCGGCAGUCUGAUCCUAUACCGACUUCAUAGAGACGACAUCACUCUAAUUGCCACUGAAGCCACGCCAGACUUCUCGGUAUUGGACAUACAAUGGUCAUCCUAUCCGUCGACGGAGUCGCCAGUGCUAGCCGUAGCGACCUCGACGGGUUUGCUGAUGUUCUACCAUCUCGAGCACGACUGCGACAAUGCAAGUCUUUCAGCCUUCAGUACGAAGAGAGUAAGCGAUGAGUCUACGCUCGUCCUUUCGUGCAUAUGGCACCCUCAACGUGCAGACACCAUUGCUGUUACGCUAUCUGACGGACGAGUGUGCCUCAUCCGAAGUACAGCAGGGAAGGGAGAGCUAUGGGCUGAAGAUUCCACUGUUACGGUUACGGAUAUCUACCAACACAGCCUUGAGGCUUGGACGGUAGCCUUCACAAGCGACUUCGAGCGGGAGUAUCUCCUUUCGGGUGGCGACGACGCUACUCUACAGUGCUCUAGGGUCGAUAUCGAAGAUGAGACGACCCUUCUGUGGCAAGACCGCAAGUCGCACAUUGCUGGCGUGACUGCGAUCUUACCAAUUACGUCCGAGCUGUUUCUGACAGGGAGUUAUGAUGAUCACAUACGCCUUAUUUCGACGCUCGCCGGUCGGAGAAGAGUCGUUGCGGAGCUAAACCUGGGUGGCGGUGUUUGGAGACUUCAACUCCUACACGACAACGAGUCUGCGGAGGUGGAAGUCGGGUUCCGUGAUGACACUACGCGGGUAAGCGCUUCCAACCAUAUCAAUUUGCGCGGUGUCAGGUCGCCAUCGAAGGACGCUGUACGCCGAGGUUGCCGCAGUCGGCUGAGAAGCAUAUUGAUCCUUGCAAGCUGCAUGCAUGCUGGAACCCGAGUUCUACGUUUAGGCCGUUUCGAGGAUGAGGACUGGCGACUAGAGGUGCUGGCGAAGUUCGAAGAACACCGGAGCAUGAAUUACGGCAGUGCCGUGCGGCCAAGUGAUCAGGCAACGAUCACCAUUGUCAGUACCAGCUUCUAUGACAAGCUAUUGUGCCUUUGGCGUUUCUCUCUUCCAGAUAUAGGUUGGGAAGUACAGGUCUAG